AUGCGCCCUGGAGGGUUGCGUGCGGGGCCGGCCUCCGGGAAGAAGCGGCGGCGGCGGCGAGAGGCGGCGAGAGGCGGCGAGGGCGGGGGGCGCCGCGGGGGGCCGGGCCGUGUUUACACAGCGGCGGGCGGGCGGGCGCAGACGCGGAACCCGGCGGGGCCCGGCGGCGGCAGGAUGGUCAUGGCGCAUUUCGUCGAGAGUUUCUGGGGUGAAAAAAAUAGUGGCUUUGAUGUUCUUUACCAUAAUAUGAAACAUGGACAGAUAUCGACAAAAGAACUAGCUGAUUUUGUAAGAGAAAGAGCUACAAUAGAAGAGGCGUACUCCAGGUCAAUGACGAAGCUAGCAAAAUCUGCAAGCAAUUGUUCACAGCUUGGAACAUUUGCACCAGUGUGGGAUGUGUUCAAAACAUCUACAGAGAAAUUAGCAAAUUGUCACUUAGAUCUUGUUAGAAAAUUACAAGAAUUAAUAAAAGAAGUUCAGAAAUAUGGCGAAGAACAAGUAAAGUCCCAUAAAAAGACUAAAGAAGAAGUUGCAGGAACUCUGGAAGCUGUUCAAGCUAUUCAGACCAUAACUCAGACCCUCCAGAAAUCCAAAGAAAAUUACAAUGCCAAGUGUGUAGAGCAAGAACGUUUGAAAAAGGAAGGAGCUACACAAAGAGAAAUAGAAAAGGCAGCCAUUAAAUCUAAGAAAGCUACAGAUACCUAUAAACUUUAUGUGGAAAAGUAUGCAUUAGCAAAAGCUGAUUUUGAACAGAAAAUGACGGAAACAGCUCAGAAAUUUCAAGAUAUUGAAGAAACUCAUCUCAUUCACAUAAAGGAAAUUAUAGGAUCCUUGUCAAAUGCCAUAAAGGAAAUUCAUUUACAAAUAGGCCAGGUUCAUGAAGAAUUUAUAAAUAAUAUGGCUAACACUACAGUUGAAAGCUUGAUUCAAAAAUUUGCUGAGUCAAAAGGCACUGGGAAAGAAAGACCUGGCCUUAUUGAAUUUGAAGAAUGUGACCCUACAAGUGCAGUUGAAGGUAUAAAGCCAAGGAAAAGAAAGACUUUUGGUUUACCAGGAAUAAUUAAGAAGGAAAAGGAUGCAGAGUCAGUGGAAAGCCCUGAUGCAGAUUCAUUGAACAUUCCAGAUGUAGAUGAAGAAGGCUAUAGUAUAAAACCAGAAGCCAAUCAGAAUGAUACCAAAGAAAACCAUUUCUACUCAUCUAGCGAUUCUGAUUCUGAAGACGAAGAGCCAAAGAAGUACCGGAUAGAAAUCAAACCUGUGCAUCCAAAUAACUCACAUCAUACGAUGGCUUCCUUGGAUGAAUUGAAAGUAUCGAUAGGAAAUAUAUCACUCCCCUGCCCAGCAAUAAAUAUGCAGAUGAAUCGGAAUUCAUCUAGUGAAGAAUUAGCAAAAUCGAGACCUGUAUCUAAUGAGAAAGGGACCAGUGAUCUACUUGCUUGGGACCCCCUGUUUGGACCAUCUCUUGACUCCUCUUUAGCUUCCUCAUCAGCCCGGCCUACAACUCCUCUUUCUUUAGGUACCAUUGUCCCACCUCCAAGGCCUACUUCCAGACCAAAGCUUACUUCAAGCAAACUCAGUGGGAUAAAUGAAAUACCUAGGCCUUUCAGUCCGCCUGUAACUUCCAAUACUAGCCCACCUCCUACUGCUCCAUUAGCUCGGGCUGAAAGUUCUUCCUCUAUCUCAUCUUCUGCUUCAUUAAGUGCUGCCAAUACUCCAACAAUAGGUGUGUCACGAGGUCCCAGCCCUGUCAGCCUUGGAAAUCAAGACACCUUACCUGUGGCUGUUGCCCUCACAGAGUCCGUCAGUGCCUACUUUAAAGGAGCAGAUCCUACCAAAUGCAUUGUGAAGAUCACUGGUGAUAUGACAAUAUCAUUUCCAAGUGGAAUUAUUAAAGUUUUCACCUGCAAUCCAUCUCCAGCUGUCCUCUGUUUCCGAGUGAAAAAUAUCAGCAGGCUAGAGCAAAUCCUUCCGAAUGCACAACUUGUAUUCAGUGAUCCUUCACAGUGUGAUGCUAAUACCAGAGAUUAUUGGAUGAACAUGCAAGCUGUUACUGUCUACCUCAAGAAGCUAUCAGAGCAAAAUCCAGCUGCUUCUUACUAUAAUGUAGAUGUGUUAAAGUAUCAGGUAUCAUCCAACGGUAUUCAGUCCACGCCUCUAAAUCUCGCAACAUAUUGGAAAUGUACUGCUGGCACCACGGAUCUUAGAGUGGAUUAUAAAUACAACCCAGAGUCUAUGGUGGCACCCAGUGUGCUCUCCAACAUACAGGUGGUGGUGCCAGUGGAUGGAGGUGUCACAAAUAUGCAGUCUCUUCCUCUAGCAGUAUGGAAUGCAGAGCAGAUGAAAGCACUUUGGAAACUGUCUGGUAUUUCAGAAAAAUCAGAGAAUGGAGGUUCUGGGUCCCUCAGAGCAAAAUUUGAUCUUUCAGAGGGACCAAGCAAGCCCACAACACUUGCAGUGCAGUUUCUGAGUGAGGGUAGUACCCUGUCAGGAGUAGACAUUGAACUCGUUGGCACUGGCUAUCGGCUGUCUUUAGUAAAGAAGCGGUUUGCUACUGGACGCUAUUUGGCUGAUUGUUGAUGGACCUGGACAGUGGCUGCUGGAGGGAGUAGCACAGAGCUGCCAUUCUGCAUUAUCUGUUCUUUCCAAACACUAUUCUAACUUGUGUUGUGUCUUUGAAACUUACACAUAUUUGAAAGCUGACUAAAAACAGUUAAUUGCACUUUUGAAGUGAGUCAUUGAAAGAAGUAGCACUGAAGUGAUUUUCAACGCUGGAAAUGAUCAACUGCAAUAUUCAGGGAGCACAUUUAUUCAGAUUCUUGGUAAAAUGAAGCUUGUACAGGCUUAUUAAAGUUCCCUUCAGUGUCUGUUUAAAAAGGUUAAAUGUAAUAUCAGGCCUAAAAUUUCAGGAGAGCAAGCACAAAAUAAUUUAGCUUUCCAUAAAUUUUUAGAGUCAGCUUUGAAAUUAGUAAGCUUGAUUUUGAAUGGCUACAAAGAGAAUGUGAAUUCCAAGUUUUAGAUAAUGUUAAUCUAGCAUACUCAAUCCAAUUGAGUUCUGUGCCAUAAAAUUAAUCAGACCAGAUUUUCAGUUGUAUGCACAAAGUUUAAUCUGAUUCUCGUGUAAACAUUAAUAAAGUGUAAAUGAUACUUUAUAUGAUUCUUUAAAUCCUCAAGUGCAAUGUGUUUUAAAAUAAGCUUGCAAAAGACAGCAGAGAAACCUACUUCUGCAGCUAGUUAACUUUAUAGAAGUCAUGAUUGUUUUGGUGAAUUAAUGCUAUAGAUUUAAUUUAUUUUUAUAUGGGUUUGCCUAAUGUGUGCCUUUUAAAACUAACAAAAACCAGAAAUGUGCCUAUCCAGUUUGUGUUCAUUAAUGUGCCUCACUUUUAUUCCACAGUCGGAAUCCUAUUCAGAAUCUUACUGUGGUCAAGCCUUUGGGCUUUUUCUUCAUUUUGUACAAGAUUUGCAAUUUCUGUAACUCUCCUUUGGCUGCAGUAGGAGGGAAUUCAGAGUAAGGAUAAUCAUACUCAAAGACCCUCGCUCUCUUCUUCAGUAAUGAUGUUACUCUGUCGCCACUAGAAAGAAAUAGACCUCUGGCAUAUAUUUACGUGGGGGGUGGGAAGUCUUUCAGGUGUUUGGACCUUGAUCUCCUUAAAAGUAUUUCAUUCUUGAAGCAAAUCAAUUGUGUGUGGGGAAGAACUAUAAUAUUAAUUGUAAUCGGUAUUUUUAACGAUUACUUCCCUUCACUCUGUCAUUGGAAAUUUAUCCAUUAUUUACUGAAUGUGUUGAGAGCAUGACUUACUUUGUAAGGUAGACAUACAUUUUAGAAAAGAGUUGGCAUUAGAGAAGUACCAUCAUUUGUUUUCAUUUCAACCACUGGAAAAAAGAACAGUUUGUAUGUUUUUAUUCUUUCCAAUGCUAAAAAUAGAGUAUUUUAAGUGUUGGGUGAAGUAGUUGUUAAACUAAUAUUAAGUAGUAAAAAUAAACCUAACUUUAUAGCAAGUCCCCAGUCAUUGAAGAGACUAAAUAUUUGGACAAAGUUACAAUUUACAAAUGGUAAUUUUAUAUAUAAGGAUUAAUAUCAAUGUCCUUCAGUUUCCAUAGUAGAAGUAACACAUUUGUCAUAUACAAUGAUUUAUAUAAAACCACUAAUGUUCUGUUAAGCUUUCAGAAAAUAAAAUCCAUACUAGACAUUUACAUAAUGUCUUACAAUACUGAAACAGCAGAAAAUCUACUCAUUAGCAAUAUCUUAACGUAAUAUAUACUUUCUAUAUAUGCAGUGUUCGCCCAAUUCUAAAUUUAGAUUUGACUAAAGGAACUUAAAGAUAAUUUGCUAAACUACUCUUCUUAACUAAAUAGUAAAAUUAGAAUUUCUAACUUUUAUAUUGUGCUCUUUCAAAUGCCAAUAACAAUCCUUUACUGGAAUCUUAACUGUACUGCUUUGCAGUCAUACUGCUUUUUAUUAGGCAGUUAAUAUUUUAUUAUUGGAAUUUAGAUACCAUUAUACUCACCAUGUUUGUUUUUAAUCAAGUAUUACCCCCAAAAUGUACACAUCAGUGAAAUGGUUAAACUCUGCACUUUUAAUUACCACCAUCUUCAUAACCUAGGGGUGAUGCAUAAAUUUGCCUUGGGUGUAGGUUAUAAUUCUGGAGCCAUAUGAAGCCAUAUAAGUUUAUAUUGAUUUCUUUUCCAUUUAAAAAUCCACUAAUGGUGUAAAAACGACCAGUCGAUUUUCAAUGAAGAUUUUUUUAGCAAGCUGGUUCUUGCUUUUUGUAUAGUGAUAAACUUUGUAGCUGCCUCUUUAACCAAGAAUUUAUAAACACAAAACUCUAACAAAUGUGAGUUUUUAAGAAUUGUUAUUUACUACUUUGAGUUGUAAUUAGAACAAAUUUAUCUUACAAAUUUUGUAAAUAUUUUUGAUUUUUUCAUAAGUGUAAAUUUUACAUAAAAGUUGUGUCCCUUAAUAAACAUGUAAUAUAUAAUUUA